CUCUUAUUGUGAAAGCGAGGCCGGAAGUGUAGUAUCUUGACCCUAACAGGUGGGAAGAUGUCUUCUUCUUUCAGAGCAGUGAAACGCCGUUUUUCGGUUCUUUGUCCGGUUGGUUUCACGUCACAGCUGCGGAGGAAUCACCCGGUGGGAGGACGGCGGUUGUCAGGCGCACAGACAGGAGAACAGCUUCGGCCACUGGAGGGCCUCACAGUCCUGGACCUGACAAGAGUUCUGGCCGGGCCCUUCGCCACCAUGAUCCUGGGAGACCUGGGGGCCGAGGUCAUCAAAGUGGAGAGACCUGGUGCAGGUGAUGACACCAGAGCCUGGGGUCCUCCGUUUGUCGGAGCAGAGAGCGCAUAUUUCCUCAGCGUCAACCGCAACAAGAAAAGUAUCUGUGUGGACCUGAAGCAUCCCAGAGGAGCGGGCGUCAUCCAGGAGCUUGCAGGAGUGUGUGACGUGCUGGUAGAGAACUACCUCCCAGGGAAACUCCAUCAGAUGGGUUUAGGAUACGAUCAGCUGAGCAGAGUCAACCCCCGACUCAUCUACUGCUCCAUAUCAGGUUAUGGACAGACCGGUCCUCAGUCUCAGAGUCCAGGCUAUGACUCCAUCGCCUCAGCUGUGUCGGGGAUGAUGCACAUCACCGGGCCAGAGGACGGGGAGCCGGUGCGUCCAGGUGUUGCCAUGACGGACCUGGCGACGGGGCUGUACGCUCACGGCGCCAUCAUGGCCGCCCUGCUGCAGCAACACAGGACGGGGAGGGGAGUUCAUAUCGACUGCAACCUGCUGUCUUCACAGGUGUCCUGUCUCAGUCAUAUUGCUGCUAACUAUCUGAACUCAGGGAAGGAGGCGAGACGAUGGGGGACGGCCCACGAGAGCAUCGUACCUUAUCAGGGCUUCAGGACCAAAGACGGACACAUUGUGGUUGCUGCCGGCAACGACAAACAGUUUGUCAAAGUCUGUCGAGUUUUGCAGCUGAUGGAGCUCACCGAUGAUCCAAAGUAUAAAACCAACACGCUGAGAGUCCAACACCGCAAACAACUGCUACACACACUGUCCCAGAGGUUUCUGCAGGAGCAGACAGCUGAUUGGCUGAGGAGGUUUGAGGGCUCAGGCGUUCCUGUUGGACCAAUCAACAGCAUCCAGGAAGUCUUCUCUGAUCCACAGGUGAAACACAACGGCCUCAUACAGAAGAUGAACCAUCCGACAGCAGGAAGCAUCGCUGUACCCGGUCCGGCGGUUCGUUUCAGCAGCUUCCGCCCCGCUGAGCCGACGCCCCCUCCUGUGAUUGGCCAGCACACGGUGCAGGUGCUGCGACACACCUUGUCCUACAGUGAUGACGUCAUCCAAUCACUGCUGGAGUCCAAGGCGGUGGCUCAGAAUGAAGUGUCCUGAUUGGCUGAGAGAGAGAGAGAGAAACAUGAGCAGAAAAGAGUUCAUGUGAGUCCAAACAUUUCAACAACUGGCCUAAACUCCCACUGUUGAUGGAAGUGAAAAAUAAUUAGUGUGUCCGCUCCGUGAUUCGGGAUUUCGGACAACGGCAAGUUUCAUUAAAAUCAGGCGAGGGAUCACCUCUGCUUCACAAGGUGAUAGUGUAAUAAUUUAUACUUUAUUAAUUACAAUUAUCAUUUUCACUCUGUUAUUACACACA